AUGGGCCAACAGCAGCCCAAAGGCUCGCGAAAGCAGCCCGAGAAGUGGGAACCCCCGGUCGCCCCGCAGAUCGGCAAGCGGAAGAAGAAGAGCGGCCCCGACGCAGCGACGCGGCUGCCGAAGGUCUACCCCGCGCGGGCCUCCCUCCUUCGCCAGUACCGUCUGGAGCGGUGCAAGGACUACCUCCUGCUGGAGGAGGAGUUUCUGCAGGCCAUAGGGGCCCAGCGGGAGGCCCAGAGCACCCUCGAGGAAGGGGCCAUGUCCCACUAUGAGGCGGAGCUGCGGAAGGUCGAGGAGCUCCGCGGGACCCCUCUUGAGGUCGCCACCCUGGAUGAGGCCAUCGACGACAGCCACGCGAUUGUGUCCAUCUCGGGCUCGGAGUUCUACGUCCCGUUGCUCUCCUUCGUGGAGAAGGAGCAGCUGGAGCUGGGCUGCAGCGUCCUCCUGCACGACCGACAGCACAGCAUCGUGGGGGUCCUCAAGGACAACGUCGACCCGAUGGUGAGCAUGAUGAAGGUGGAGAAGGCCCCGACGGACACCUACGCAGAUAUCGGCGGGCUUGAGAGCCAGAUCCAGGAAAUUAAAGAGGCCGUCGAGUUUCCCCUUUCCCACCCUGAGCUCUACGAUGAGGUGGGUAUUCAACCGCCAAAGGGGGUCAUCCUAUACGGCGUCCCAGGUACCGGGAAGACGCUCCUGGCAAAGGCCGUGGCAAAUCAAACAAGCGCGACCUUCUUGCGCGUGGUCGGCUCGGAGUUGAUCCAGCAAUACGCCGGAGAAGGGCCAAAGCUCGUCCGGGAGCUCUUUCGUAUCGCCGAGGAAAAUUCCCCGUCGAUCGUCUUCAUCGAUGAGAUUGACGCGAUCGGGACGAAGAGAUACGAUACCGACAGCAGCGGGACCAAAGAGGUUCAGCGCACUAUGCUCGAGCUGCUCACGCAACUGGACGGCUUUGAUAGUACGAGUGAUGUUAAAGUAAUCAUGGCGACCAAUCGAAUCGAUACCCUCGAUCCCGCGCUCAUUCGACCUGGUCGAAUCGACCGCAAGAUCGAAUUCCCCUUCCCAGAUGAAAAAACAAAGAAGAUGAUUUUUAAUAUUCAUACUAGCCGAAUGUCGCUUGCGGAGGAUGUGGAUAUUAGCGAGUUUAUUCACGCAAAGGAUGAAAUGAGCGGGGCGGAUAUUAAGGCGAUUUGUACGGAGGCUGGGCUCCUCGCGCUGCGCGAACGUCGGAUGAAAGUUUGUCAGGCGGAUUUCGUCAAAGGGAAGGAAAAUGUUCAAUAUCGUAAGGAUAAGUCGUCGUUUUCGAAGUUCUACCUGUAA